GGCUACCAUGGCGGCUGAGCGCAAGACCAAGUUGUCCAAGAACCUGCUGCGCAUGAAGGUGCGGGGACGCUGGGGGAGCCCAGUUGGGCGGUAGAGGCACUCGGUCUGCCCGUCCUGACCCGGUCCGAGGCGGUGGGUGUACGGGGGACACCAGAGAGGCCCCGAAGGUUUUCCCCUUCUGGCGUUCAUUCAUUCACUCAGCUUCUGCUCUGAAUUAGUCACUGGAAACCAGAUUAUGAACUAGGCAGACUUUCUCACGAGGCCUGCAGUCGGAUAGGAGCUUGCAUACACGUAAACAAGCAUUAAAGUUCAUGCAAAGGGGACUGGACUCAGAAACCAAGAAACAACUGGAAGAGGAAGAAAAGAAAAUUAUUAGUGAAGAACACUGGUAUUUGGAUUUGCCAGAGCUUAAAGAGAAAGAGAGUUUCAUAAUAGAAGAGCAGAGUUUCUUGUUAUGUGAAGAUCUUCUCUAUGGAAGAAUGUCAUUCAGAGGAUUUAAUCCUGAGGUUGAGAAAUUAAUGCUUCAGAUGAAUUCUAAGAAUAAAAGAGAAGAAGUCAAAGAUGAAGCUGUGGAGCUUGAUGUGUCUGAUGAAGAGAUGGCUAGAAGAUAUGAAACCUUGGUGGGGACAAUUGGGAAAAAGUUUGCCAGGAAGAGAGACCAUGCCAAUUAUGAAGAAGAUGAAAAUGGAGACAUAAAACCGAGUAAAGCCAAGAAGAUGUUCUUAAAGCCCCAAGAUUAAGAUGUAUGCCCCAAGGCUCAGAGAUGCCUUGUGAAAGUCAGCAGCAUGUGUAGAGCUUAUACUGAUGGUGUCUCUACUUGCUAAUACUCUGGUGUUUAUUUGUAAAGUGAUGUAUAAUUUGGGAAACAUGCUGUUUCGAAACAGAUGUGUGAUGGAUGUUAUACAUCCUUUGCUUAAUGGUAUUAUAUUGAGAGUGGAUUUUUUAGCUCUUUAUGUCCAAAUGUACAUCAGUACGGAGUCUCUUCCUAAAGAUUUUUUGACCUCAGAGUUUUUUAAAAAUUUAACUCUCUAGUCACUUACCUUAAAUUAAUGCAUAUAAAUGAAUACCAAUGCUUAAAUUGUCCCUAUGUUUAUAUUUAACUUUAAAUAAUCAUGUGAAGACAAUUUAUACAUACCUUUUGGAAUCAAAUGUUAUGAGAAUUUAAUAUAUGACAAUUUGUCAAGAGCAAAUAUACCUCUCCAACCUGAAGUAUUUGCAUGCUACCAGGUCAUUGUCAGUUUAUGGUGUACAGCUUUUCGUGUAAAGCAUUUAAUUAAUAGAAAAAAAAUUGUUCUGUAAUAAAUACCUACUUUCACAUA